GAAAUUAUCAAAUGGAUCCCUAGCUAGCAUAGAAAUUAUUAAAAAGUUGGACGUGAAGAACUUUCCCAACGAUAAAGCUAAGCGGCUCAAACAAACUUAUUUUGUAAAUUAUAAAAAGCUGGCCUUUUGAUUCCGAAGUAGUCUGACCACUUUACUGAAAGUAGAUCGAAAUUCAAUGGCAGCACACAAGAAAAUCACAAGAAACUUCUGGGCACAUAGUGAUUUGCUAUUUGCAUGUCAAGCCAUAUAUAAUUUUCUUCAGUUCAGUUUAGUCUUUAUUCAUUCUCUGACUCACUUAUAAUUCUGUCCCACAAUUAAGCUAUCAAUUUUCCAAUUUAAUGGCUUCUUUAUCUUCAUCUUCAUCUUCUACACAUCAAUGGAAGUACGACGUGUUCCUGAGUUUCAGAGGGGAAGACACCGGCAAAAGCUUCACUGACCAUCUUCAUAGAGCUCUGUUUCAAAGAGGAGUCAAGACUUUCAUGGAUGACAAGCUCAGUAGAGGGCAAGAGAUCUCUCCAGCACUUGUAAAAGCAAUCGAAGAGUCCAGAUUCUCCGUCAUCGUUUUCUCUGAAAAUUAUGCUUCUUCAACAUGGUGUCUGGAGGAACUUGUCAAGAUUAUUGACUGCACCAAAGUGAUGGGACAUGCAGCUUUACCAGUUUUCUACAAUGUGGAUCCCUCUCAUGUGAGGAAACAGACAGGGAGUUUUGCACAAGCAUUUGCUAAGCAUGAAGAGGUUUAUAAGGAGCAGAUGGAGAAAGUGAUCAAGUGGAGAGUGGCUUUGACUGAAGCUGCCAAUAUUUCUGGAUGGGAUUCUCGAGAUGGGUAUUUUUAACUGCAAUUUUUUUUUCCUUUGCCUUUUAGGUGUAUGAUGUAAUGAUGCUGAAACUUUAAAGCUUGCAUAGCCAUAUAAAAUUGGAAAUCAUAGGAUGAUCAAUAGAGAGAUUGAUCCAAGAUGAUUGACUUAAACCCAUGUAUGGAUUAAGUUGUAUUUUGCUGCCUGUGACUGAAUGAUGUUUAGAUGAACAUGAUCUCAC